AGCGAUCAGAGCACAUUAACAUAUCUACAGCAACAAAAGAAGCAGAUUUCUACUUAAAGUCAGAGACAGAGAAACUCUCACACAAUUGAAAUGGCGCAGAAGGUAAAGUUGGACCGGGAAACCUUCUCUUGUUCCAUCUGUCUGGAUCUACUGAAGGAUCCGGUAACUAUUCCCUGUGGACACAGCUACUGUAUGAACUGUAUUAAAUCACACUGGGAUGGAGAGGACGAGAAGGAGAUCUACAGCUGUCCUCAGUGCAGGAAGACCUUCACACUGAGGCCUGUCCUGGUGAAAAACACCAUGUUAGCAGAUUUAGUGGAGGAGCUAAAGAAGAGCGGACUCCCCGCUGCUCCUGCUGAUCACUGCUAUGCUGGACCUGAUGAUGUGGCCUGUGAUGUCUGCAGCGGGAGAAAACUGAAAGCCACCAAGUCCUGUCUCAUCUGUCUGGUGUCUUACUGUGAUGAACACCUCCAGCCUCAUUAUGAAUCCUCUGCCUUUGAGAAACACCAGCUGGUGGAGCCCUCCAAGAAUCUGCAGGAGAACAUCUGCUCUCGUCAUGAUGAUGCCAUGGAUAUGCUGACCUACAGUGAUGAUGACGACUCUGAGCUCGGAGGGACUGAGAUGUAUUGGGAGAUUGAGACGACUCGACAGAACAUCCAGAAAAUGAUCCAGGUCAGAGAGAAAGAUGUGAAGCUGCUUCACCAGGAGGUGGAAGCUAUCAAUCGCUCCGCUAAAAAAGCAGUGAAGGACAAUGAGAAAACCUUUAAUGAGCUGAUCAGUCUCAUGAGGAGAAGAAGCUCUGAGCUGAAGCAACAGGUCAGAUCCCAGCAGGAAACUGAAGUGAGACGAGUCAAAGAACUUCAGGAGAAGCUGCAGCAGGAGAUCACUGAGCUGAAGAGGAAAGAGGCUGAGGUGCAUGAGCUCUCACAGAACAGACAGGUUGUAAUGCGUAGCUACUACACACUGUCACAUUUAUAUGAAUAUGUAUCCAGUUUAUCCAGCGUCAACAUCCGUCCUCUGAGUUACUUCGAGGAUGUGACAGCAGCUGUGUCAGAAGUCAGAGACAAACUGCAGGACGUCCUGGAGGAGAAGUGGACAGAUGUCUCACUUUCUGUGACUGAAGUGGAAGUUUUACUGCCAAAACCAGAGCCAGAGACCAGAGCUGGAUUCCUAAAAUAUGCAUGUGAGCUCACACUGGAUCCAAACUCAGCAAAUAGACCACUGUCAUUAUCUGAGGGAAACAGGAAGAUAACAUGGGAUUCUCCUGACGACCCAAAAGACAGACCUGUGCGGCUGCAGGUCCUGAGUAAAGAGAGUCUGAGUGGACGUUGUUACUGGGAGGUGGAGUGGAAAGGGGAAACGGUGAGUGUCGCAGUUGCAUAUAAGAACAGUCACGAAACAAAGUCCUUUAACGUUGCAUUUGGAGAUAAUGACAAAUCUUGGGCCUUAGAUUGCCAUGCUCGUACUAGAUUUCAGCAUCACCCUUACUACCAGCCCAUCUCAUGUCCUAAACCCUCCAGAUUAGGAAUGUACCUGGAUCACAAGGCAGGUGUCCUGUCCUUCUACAGCGUCUCUGACACCAUGACUCUCCUCUACAGAGCUUUAGCCAUAUUCACUGAGCCGCUCUAUGCUGGACUGAGCUUCUAUUGCUUUGAUCCUGUUACUGUUGAGUUCUGUAAACUCAAGUAAACAGAAUCAGCUGACAGUUGAUUGUUGUAUGGGGGCUCUCAGUGUUCAUGAUGGAGUUUGUUUACCUGCACGGACAUUGCUCUAUCAUGUUUGAAUAUUUGCAUUGAUGAUAGAUAUUGACACAGAUAUUUGUUUCUUGAGAGAACGUGCCUUUAUCUUCCAUAUUUUGUUCUCACCACUUUGUAAAUUUGCAAAGAAAUUCAUAACUAUGUAGACUUUUUUUC